AACAUGGCCAUCGACAUGUGGAGCCUGGGCUGCAUCAUGGCUGAGCUAUAAACGGGAUGCCUGCUGUUCGCUGGGGAGAAGGAGGUGGAGCAGCUGGCCUGCAUCAUGGAGGUGCUGGGCCUGCCACCCACCCACUUUAUCCAGACGGCUUCCAGGAGACAGACAUUCUUUGACCCCAAAGGUUUUCCUAAAAAUAUAACCAACAACAAGGGGGAAAAAAGAUACCCAGACUCCAAGGAUCUCACGAUGGUGCUGAAAACCUGUGACUCCAGCUUCCUGGACUUUCUCAGAAGGUGUUUGGUGUGGGAAUCUUCGCUUUGCAUGACCCCUGACCAGGCCCUCAAGCAUGCCUGGAUUCAUGAGGCACAGAACCUCAAGCCAUGGCCCAGGCUCCAGACCUUGAGAAAAUCCAGUUUCAGUUUUCCCUCUGAGUCAAGCAAAAACAAGGUUCAAGGGUGUCAUCAUUCCACCAAAAGUACAAAAGGUGAGAUCGGCAGAGACUACAGACAAAAUGAAAGAUGGUGCCACUAAGCCCUCUCUGAAUCCCAGUGCUCAGCAGGUGUCUCUCCCACACAUCACGGACACCAUCCAGCUGUCUCCCAUAGCAGGACCUCACAAGAGGCCAGAGGUCGCUGCUGGACAGGAGGCAUCUGUGACCGCCAGAGAACAAGGCCACAAAGACUUCUCCCCAAAACACAAGCACUCUGCCGCCCAUCCUGUGACUCUUGCUGAAGCUGUGUCCUGCUUCUUUCCACCGAUGAUUUGUUUUAGAGGCAGCUCAUAUUGUA